AUGUCUGACACUUCGCAAACUUACGAAGAAGAAGGCAACGGAGACUUGGUCUUCCUGGAUUAUAAAGGGGAUUUCUCUGCGGCGAAAAGCAUAAAUAUGAUCCAAUACAAUGAUGUUAAGCGCUUUCGAGGGGUCGGUCCUCUGCAACGGGGCGACCGCAUAUUAUUCGUUGAUGAGCAUGGCAUUACGAACCGUGCUUAUGGCAUGCCAAAAAGGCCUACUGUUCGACGCACACAAGAGAUCUUCUGGGGUACUGGCGCGGAAGCCAGAGUUGCUUGGCUUCUCAUUGACAGAGCACCAACCAUAAAGCACGAGGUCUGGAUUGUGACGCAACAGAAGCUCCAUGGAUUUGCUCCGCACCCAAACCACACUCCGACUGUUAUUGCUCUCAUAAGAUCCGCAACUCUGAAAGAACGCCAAGUUUGGCAAUGUAUGGUCACCCUUGGGUCAUCACUGACCCUUGAGUUGAUUGCGGCUCUUGACAUUGAAGUUAUUGUGGGAUAUGUGUGCUCUUUGGCUGGCAUUGCCCCCGGUGAAGACGAUCCUAUUCUGGCACUUGAGAAGCUACACUACGAUCUGAGCGACGAUGUGGUGUUGCUACGCAGAAUUCAGCAGAGAAUUAGGAUGCUCAGCGGUGGACCGGAGGCAGAGGCCGCUGUUGGCAUUCUCCCCGAAAUCGGCAUCCAAGGGCACCUAGAUCGCUUCAAGCAAGUAUGGGCCGCCAUCAUUUCGAAGCUCUCUCCCGGACGACUGGCCGAUGAGAUGGAAUUCUAUGCCGAUGUGAUGGAAAAACAAUGUCGA